AAUCGGAAAAGAACGAUGUCAAAUCAUGAUGUCAGUGAUCUUCAGCUCGGAGUAAAACAAAGAUGUCCGAGUUUACGACUUGGAAUUCCGAGUUGCGUGACCAUUCAAACCGAUUUUCCCAGUCGGAGUUCGUUUUUCACCAGAGUUCCCAGUUGUAUAUUAACGCAGUGAAGUCGGAGAUUUCCGAGUUCCCAGUCGUUUUGAACACAGUAUAAGUACUCAGCUGUUCGAGGCAAGUCGACGAAAUGGCUGCAUUUCUGCGAUCUCUCAAAUUUCCCCGAUGUGUUGUCCGUUUUUCUGACCGUGAUCUGUAGACCCUCAUUUGAAUACGUUUACGGACAACAGAAGACCACGAUGGCUGAAAGCAUUAUCAAUUCUCGUGGCAUUGUAGAAGAUCAUGAGGGAGAUAAUGAAGAUUCUGACUCAAACCUCCAAGUGGAGCUCAAUGUAUUCAGGGCCCAAUGGAUGUCUGAACUGAAGCCCAACUCUGUGUCCAAUGGGGGGAACAGAGGACUGUCGUCAAGAGCUGCAGACCUGAGAAGAAAACAGGAACUGGCCCGGGAGGAAAAAGCCAGAGAGUUGUUCCUAAAAGCUGUUGAGGAAGAAGAAAAUGGAGCUGUUUAUGAAGCAAUUAAGUACUAUCGCAGGGCAAUGCAGAUUGUGCCUGACAUUGAGUUUAAAAUCAACUACAGUCGUUCUCCUGAUCCAGAUGGUGGCAAUGAGAAGGACAUGGAUGGUGAAAUAGAGGAUCUACUGGCCUACUUCCAUCAGCAGCUCACUCUGCAAGACAACUCUCUGAAGAUAUGUGUUCCUGAGGUGGAGAUGACUCAGAUGCACAUCUCAGCCCUGCCUCCAGAGGUCUUGAUAUACAUAUUCCGCUGGGUUGUGUCCAGUGAUCUGGACCUGCGUGCCCUGGAGCAGCUCUCCCUAGUCUGUAGAGGCUUCUACAUUUGUGCUAGGGACCCAGAAAUUUGGCGUUCGGCCUGUCUAAGAGUGUGGGGCCGGAGCUGUACCAAACUGGUACCCUUCAACUCCUGGAGGGAGAUGUUUCUUGAGAGGCCACGUGUGCGCUUUGAUGGUGUUUACAUCAGCAAAACGGCAUACAUCCGUCAGGGAGAGGAGUCCCUUGAUGGAUUCUACAGGGCUUGGCACCAGGUGGAGUAUUACAGAUAUCUGCGUUUCUUCCCUGAUGGCCAAGUCAUGAUGCUGACCACGCCUGAGGACCCACUGGUCACCGUUCCUCGUCUGCGUAGUAGGAACACCAGGGUGGAGUCCAUUAUGUGUGGUCAUUACCGUCUGUCGCAGGACACAGACAAUCAAACCAAAGUCUUUGUUGUUGUCUCCAAGAGAAAAGAGGAGAAGGUGGCAGAGUACCAGAGAAACUCUCGGUUUUGCCGGCGGAACCCAGCAGCACCCGAGACGGAGCACAGCUUUCACGUGGGACUGCAGCUGUCGUCUGGCGGGCGCCAGAGCUUCAACAAGCUGAAUUGGAUUCACCAUUCCUGCCACAUCAACUACAGAUCCACCGGAGAAACGGUUGUCACCGCCUUCGACUUGGACCAGAUGUAUGCAUCUUUCUUCUUUGCACGUGUGAAAAGCUACACAGCAUUUUCUGAACGCCCACUGUAGGGAAGCCUAGAGAGAAGAGAUAAACGUCACCACCCAACAGUUUACACAACACUUAAACUAAAUGCAUAUUUCUCUGCCUGUUGGCUUUGGGCUGAACUAUGAUUUUUAAUGAAUGUAUACCAAUCAACCUGCAUCUGAUUCUAAACUUAUUGUGUGUGCCACAUAGCCAUUGUGUCUAUGGCUGUCACAGAAAACAAAAAAUAUUCUACUGAUUCUUCUUUUGAAGACUGGAUAGUUGUCCAGUAUGAUGACAUAAAAUGUCAAUAAUAGAUUUUUCACCCAUUUCCAACAAUGAAUAUUAUGACAUUGUUUUUGUUAAUUCUCUAGUAAUAUAUUUUCUCCCAUAUGGUAAAUCAACUGGAAUAAACAAAAGUGGGAA